AUGGUGAUUUCCGGCAUAGCGGGUUCGAUUAUUGCCGGAAUCGCGUUGGAUCGGAGCAAGAAAUACAAAUUGAUUAACUGCAUCAUCUAUUUCCUGACUCUGGUCUCGAUGGCCGUAUUCACGGGGAUUUUGCAGCUGAAGUCGAUUGCACUCAUCUUUGUGAUCAGUUUUGUUCUGGGUUUCACAAUGACCGGCUUUUUGCCACUGGGUUUUGAGUUUGCUGCUGAACUCACCUAUCCGGAAAAUGAAGGUCUCACAUCCGGCCUACUGAACGCGUCCGCCCAGCUCUUCGGUAUCAUAUUCACCUCGGCCACUAGUCAGUUGAAGAGCAGCUUUGGAGCACUGGCUGGCAACUUGCUCAUGACUUUACUUAUCUUCGUGGGUUUUAUCAUGAUGGUCGCGAUCAAAGAAGAUCUGAGACGUCAGCAGAUGCACAAAGUGGUAUCUGAACAGGCCGAAGAACAAGUGAAUGAAGACGUCAAUCUCACACGGUUGUAG